AUGUCAACGGUGUCGCCGGUGCCGGAGGAAAAUCAAGACAAGAAGCUUGCGAAUGAGCACAUCAAGCACAUCCCGUUUUUCUUCCUGUUUCUCUGCACAGUGUGCAUGUGCUCAAUUUAUUCGAACACCACCGUCUACCAAAGCACCAUUAAUUUUCUGCACGAAUACCGCAACGAUUCAAUAGAAGAUUUCUACGAAGAAAUCGAUACCCGUUUCAAUGCGGAAACCGAAGUCGACGAGAAUGUUGUCACUAAAUAUGUUAACUACUUGUCGAACCCGCAAAAAGAGGGUCUGAUCACUGUCACCUCGGUUGGCACAGUUAUUGCAGCAGCUCCGAUCACCAAAGCCUACAAUAAUAUGGGAUUUCGGAGAUCGCUAGUAAUGUGCGCAGUAUUGAGUAUCAUUCCAGCAGUGUUCUUCCCGAUUUGCGUCAACUCGAAAACAUACUUAUUGGCGAUUAUUCUUCGCAUUUUUCAAGGGGUCUCGCUUGCUGCUUUCAUCCCAUACGUUUGCAAGCUGUCGGUAUUCCUACCAUUCGAUCACAUUGCUAUUCCAGCAAUCGUUUUUGCUUAUACUCAUAUAACUGAGAUUUUCGUGCACCCAAUUGCUACUCACAUCGCUUCUUCGGGAUUAGGUUGGCACGGAGCUCAUUAUGGUGCGAAUAUUGCCAUCGUCAUCAUCUUCUUCGUGUUCGUAAUUAUCCAUUUCGAUGAAGAAUUCAAAGAUCGUGCUGCAAACAUCGGAUUUUGCAAUGCAAUGUUUGAAUAUGAGAGAACUCGUUCUAAAACAUUUUCACUCAAAAUCCCGUACCUUUCGAUCUAUCAAGAUUUCACCACUUGGGUCAUUUUCUUCACCUCUUUCGCUUAUGGCUGCGCACUUCAGCUUUUCUAUCAAUUCGGACCAACUUUCUUCCAUAAGGUUGCCGGACACAGUGAAGUCACUUCUGCAUAUCUCACCAUAAUUGCGCCGAUUUUAAACAUUGUAGUUUCAAUGACAUCGAUUAUUUUAUUCAAGAAGCUCGCAAACGAGGAGCGAAAUAAAAUGCGAUUCUUCAAUAGUAUCGCCUUCAUCACUUGCGGCAUCUUCCUAUUCGCAUUGGGAUUCGUUGAUCCGGUCAAUAGUCCGGCGGUUGUCACAGUCAUGUUCAUUCUCGCUUCCUCGCUUCUCGGAUGCUCCUACGCGGGCCAUUUGCGAAUGAAUCAAAUCCGUUCCGGCCACCUCCAUCUAUUCCUUCUCGUCAACAUAUUCAUCGUCAACUCGGCUGCAAUGUUCUUCUCUUCGCUUCUUAACGUCUUAAUUGCUAAAAAUACCGAUUAUGCUUCAUGGUCCACAUUGUUCAUUGUGCAUGCUGUAUUCCUCGUUAUCGCCAACUUGAUAUUUGUGCUAUUCUGCUCAUCAGAAAGAGCUCAAUGGGCCAAAGAGGGCUAUGAAGAUACAUCGAUUCGACCAUACCGAGAGGAGCCUCUCCCCCAAUUUCCUCUUUAA